GUCCUUUUACUGUGCCUAGUCUAAAACCCCAGGGCCAGGAUGGAUGAGGAGUUUGAGAAAGGUCGCAUCAAGGAGCUUCAGCAGCAACGGAUGACUGUGCAGAAAAAAACUUUCACCAAUUGGAUAAACCAGAUAUUUUCCAAAAACCAGGUGAAGUUUUUCGUUAAUGAUUUGUACAUUGAUCUGAAAGAUGGAAUCAUCCUCAUUUCUCUCCUGGAACUCAUCUCGGGAGAGAAACUGAAGAGACCCAGCAGAGGUAGAAUGAGAGUCCACUACCUGGAGAACAACAGCAUUGCCAUUACCUUUUUGAGAACCAAGAUAAACGUGAGACUGAUUGCACCUGAGAAUGUUGUGGAUGGUGACCGCACCCUGAUCCUGGGUCUGAUCUGGAUGAUUAUUCUACGUUUCCAAAUCGCCUCCAUCACAGUUGAAGAAGAUGAGUGUGACGCAAGCAGUGCCAAACGUUCGGCCAAGGAGGCUUUGUUGAUUUGGUGCCAACGAAAGACUGCCGAUUAUAAAAAUGUUGACAUAAAGAACUUCUCAUCGAGCUGGAAUGACGGACUGGCCUUCAAUGCAAUCAUUCAUGCACAUAGACAUGAUCUGGUAGACUACAAGAGCCUGAAACCAAACUACCCAGUGCAUAACCUGAAUAAAGCCUUCGAUGUUGCGGAGAAAGCACUGGGCAUUCACACACUCCUAGACGCAGAGGACGUGGCUGUCCCUCAUCCAGACGAGAAGUCCAUUAUGACCUAUGUCUCUCAGUAUUACCACCAUUUCUCCAAAAUGCGACAAGGCCAAACUGGACAGAAGAGAAUUAUAAAGAUUGUGGAUCUCUUGCAGGAGAUUGAAGAUCUCAAACGUGAGUAUCAGUCGCUGGUGUCUGAUCUGCUCGACUGGAUCAAAGAAAAGAUCAGGGAGUUGAAUGACCGGAAGUUCCCUAACUCGCUGAAAGGCAUGCGGAGACUGAUGGCGGACUUUAAAUUUUUCCGCACUGUGGUGAAACCGCCCAAGUACCAAGAGCGGCGGGGGAUCAUCGAGGCUCAACUCUUCAACAUCAGAACAAGGCAAAGAGCCAAUAACAUGCGGCAGUAUGUGCCUCCAGAGGGCAAGGCGCUGAGUGACAUCGAGAGGCACUGGAGCAGCCUGGAGAAGUCGGAGUCGUCGCGGGAGAAGGCAUUGCAACAGGAGAUGCUGAGGCUGGAGCGGCUGGAGCAGUUGGUGCAGAGGUUCCAGAAGAAGGCCAUGCUAAGGGAGUCUUACCUCAGCCACAUGACAUCGGUGCUCGACCAGCAGAACGUCAAUGCCGAGUCCAUGCAGGAGGCAGAGGCUGUCAACAAGAGGCUGGAGGCCAUCACUACUGAUGUGUUUGCCAUGGAGCAGAGGUUUAAGGACCUCAUUGAAAUGGGUCAGGUCAUCGAGAGAGAGAAUUAUCACGGCAGGGCUGCGAUAAUGAAGAAGCAGCAGGAUGUUGAAACUUGCUGGCAAAAUCUCCUCCAAAAACUGAAUAAAUAUAGGGAAUCCCUCAAGAACGUGUCUGCUGCACUCUCUCUAAUGCAAGAUAUCGACACCAUCUAUCAAGAACUCAUAGCUCUUCAGUCCGUGGUGAGUUCAGAUGAUUACGGCAAACACCUAUUUGAUGUCGUGGACAUGGCGCAGAAACACAACCUGGUCGUCUCUCAGAUCUCAGCCCACGGAGAAACCUUGAAGCACAUAAGCCAGAGAGUUGACGAUCUCAGGAGGUGCAGUGAGUUGAGGACUGACGUUGUCAAGAGGAAACUGAAGGCACUCAAUGGUCUCUACAGCAAUCUCCUGGAAUGCAGCAAAGCCAGACAUUGCAAACUGCAGCAGCAGCAGAUCCUGUAUGAAUUUUUCCGAGACAGUGAGGAGGAGGAGUCGUGGAUCUACGAGAGGUGGCAGCUGGUGCGGACGGCUGCCUUGGGGCGAGACAUCACCCAGAUUGCAGUGUCAAUACAAAAGCACAAGGCGUUGGAGGCAGAGUGCAACUCCCACCAGUCUAUCUGUUUCUCAAUGGUGAGAAAGGGCCAAGAGUUAUGCAAAGAAAAUCUGAACAGCAAGAGGGAAGUGAGGAAAUGGGUGACGACUCUUCAGAAACAAUGGCAACAUUUAAUGGACGAGCUGUCGAACCGAAACGCACGACUCCAGGCUGCCCUGGCGAUAAAGCAGUAUUUUGCAGAUAUCAAUGAGGCCCAUUCCUGGCUGCUGGAGAAACAGCCUCUUCUGCAGACUGCGGACUGUGGGAAGGAUGAGGCCAGUGCUGAAGCACUCCUGCAGCGCCACAUGCACCUCACAGAGGAGAUGGAAGCGUAUUCCAGCGAAGUGACGAGACUCGGUGACCAGGCGACAGCGGCACUGGAGCAAGUUCCUCUGACAGUGUGUCAGGCUGAGACCCCAGAGAAAGAAGUGUCCGAGAGCUGCUCAUCCGAUGAAGGGGAGCGAUCGGAGAUCACAAAGAAAAAUCAUUCUCAAACAGUCGACACCUUGGCCCCCACUAAUGUCAAUAAGCAGCAGAACAGGACUGCCAAAGACAGCAUUCAGCCACUGAACAAGCACGAGGAGGCGGAGAGUGAAGUUGCCACCAAGGGCAGCCCAUUGCAGAGGGUCAGCAAGCCGAGACGGAGCCGUUCAAUGCGUCGUGGCACGACGGAGAUACAGUACACAUCACACACGUUGCCUGAUGAGGACUUCAGCAGGACAAGCAUUGAACGUAGCCAGCAUGACAUCGAAUCAUCUUACGCCAGUCUCUGCCAGCUAGCUGAGGCCAGAAGGAAAGCCCUGCAAGAAAUGAUCCAACUCUACCACUUCCAUAACACCUGCAAUGACUUCAUCUCCUGGAUGAAUGACGUGGAGAAUGGUUUCCAAACCUUUGUGCCCAACGUAAACAACAUGGAAGCCACGCAGAGGAAAUACGAGAAUUUCCUGACCGAGUUGGUUGCUGGGAAAGGCAGGCUGGAUGAAAUCGACCGACUCGUGGGUAAUUUCAUCGAAAGCGGACACAGCAAGGAUCGGGAAAUCCUGGAAAAGCAGCAGAUGAUUCAUAAAAGGUGGGAUACAAUGUUGGCUUUGAAGGAGGAGAAAGGGAAGGAACUGAUGGGCACGGCGGACGUCCAGUCCUUCCUGCAGAAGUGUCAGGAUACGACAGCUUUGCUGCAGGACAAGCUCGCUCUGCUGUCCAUUCCUGAUCCAAGCAGCAGUUUGAAGGCAGUGGAUGAGGCAAGGCGCAAGCAGCUCACAUCCAACCGUGAGAUCCAGUCACUGGAGGGCACAAUAGCAUACCUCAUCCAAAUGGCUCAUUUGAUCCAGGAUGCCAGCCCGGCAGAGAGUGCUGCAAUCAUGCUGCAGGUGCAAGAGUUGGAGGCGCUGCUGCAGAGUGUGAAGGCGGAGGCCUCGAGGAAGAAGCAGCUUCUGAGAGACAGCCACGAUCUGCAGCGCUACAAUCAGGAGAGCAAAGAGCUACUACUGUGGGCCAGCGCCAUGAAGGAGAAGAUGAAGAGCAAAGAGAUGGGAUUUGACGUGGACUCUGCCGAAAACCUACUGAAGGAACAUGCUGACCUGCUGCUGGAGAUCAACUCGCACAAAAACAGCUUCCAGAAGCUGAAUGACUUGGGGAAUCAAGUGGUAAAGAGGACCCCCUCCGGCGACGUUUCCCGAUUACUGCAGAAAAUGAUGGGUCUACAGGUGGAGCUGGAUGACGCAUGGAAGGAACGCAACGCCGAAUUGGAGGAAGGACUUGCGCUGCAGCAGUUUAACCACGAGGCAGAUCGCAUCGAGGCAACUCUGUCCAGUCACGAUGCCUUCCUGAAGAUCGGUGAUCUUGGGGACUCUGUGGGCUCCGUAAGCAGCCUAGUGAAGAGGCAUGAAGACUUUGAGAAUGUGCUGAAGUGGACAGACCAGAGGAUUCAGGGGAUACAGGACCGAGCCUCUAAACUCAACCAGAGCAACAACUACGCCAACAAAACGAUCCAGAAGAGAGUUUUUCUGAUCAUUGACAGAUGGAGUGAUCUUAAACGGAGCAGUGACUAUCGGCGAAACAGGCUGUCAGAGUCGCAGAAACUUCAGGAAUUUCACAGAGAUGCAGCUGAGCUCCUGAUGUGGAUCGAUGAAAAGUACGUGGUUGCCUCCGAUGAAUCAUACCGGGACCCCGCAAACAUCCUGCGCAAACUGAAGCGACAUGAGGCCAUGGAGAAGGAGGUGAUGGCAAACCAGAUACGAGCGGAUGAUCUGAAGCAGACAGGAAACAAUCUCAUCAAUCAGAAUCAUUAUGCUCGAGAUGCCAUCAAAUCGCGACUUGUGGCGCUGAACGAGAAGUGGGAAGAGCUCCUCGAUAAAAUGGGGGAACGUGGAGAUAAAAUGAGGCAAGCUGGACAACAGGAGCAGCUGAUGGAACUACUCAAGGAUGCGAAAGCAAAACUUGACCAAAUUGAGAAGAUUCUCCAGAGCAAUGACACGGGCCGUGAUCUGCGAUCCAGCAGGCGCUUACUGAAGGAACACAAAUGGCUGGAGGGUGAUAUGCGUGAACUCGCCGAGAAAAUGAACAGCAUUGUCAAUCGUGCCAAGAAGAUGGCGACUGGUCACUUUGACUCACAGAGGAUACUGGAACAGACGCAAAAACAUUUAGACUGGUUUGAAUCACUCAAGAUACCUCUGAAACAGAGAAGGAAACUCCUGGAAGCAAUGGUGGCCCUAUACGAGUUCCACCACAACAGUGAUUUAGAGAUGAAGUGGAUUGCUGAACGCAUGCCCAAUGCUUCUUCAAGUAACUUUGGCAAUUCUGUGGACGCGGCUCAGAGCUUGCUACAGAAACAGAAGGAGUUACAGGUUGAAGUGAAGACCCAUAAGCAGCAGAUCCAGAAGGUACUGGAGGCUGGCAAGCGUAUGAUCAGCUCUCAGCACUUCAUGGCCCACGGCAUUGAGGGCCAGUGCACGGAGCUGCAGAGCAGCUGGGAAGGACUGGAGAGGGCCUGUGACGACAGGGGGAAGAAAUUGCAGCGAUCGGUACAGUUCAACCAGUUCCUUGCAGAUGUUUCCGAACUGGACACCUGGGCAGCAGAAAAACUUCAACUUGUGUCAAGCGAAGAUUGUGGGAAGAAUGAAGCUGUUUCUCAGAAGCUGGUCAAGAACCACAGGUCUCUCAAGGGACAGAUCCAGAAUACCCAAGGCCUUGCCGAGGAGCUGCAAAAGAAUUCCCAGGAGCUUCCGCUCCGAGGGCUCAUCACGUUUGACAUGGUAGAUGAGCCUCAGGAGCACCUUCGACAGCGGCUGAAGGAGCUGCAGGAUCUUUGGUCUACCAGGAUGCAGAAGCUGGAACAAACGCUGGUAUUCCAUGAGUGUGUGCGGGAAAUGGGGGAGCUCGAGGAAUGGAUCGCACAGCAGUUUCAGGCGGCCAGCUCUGAGGAUUAUGGAAAUGAUCACCAACAUGUCCUGCACCUGCAGGCAUUGUUUGAAGCCUUCCAGCAUCAAGUGGAGACGGGAGAUGAGCGAGUCCAUGGUUGUGAAACCUUAGUAAACGUACUUGUUGAAAAAGGCCACCUGCAGUCGAAGGAAAUUGUCCAGAGGCUGAAUCUGUUGAGGGAUUUAUGGAGCAGUCUGCAGAAGCAAAUUCACAAGAGGGGACAGAAGCUACGCGAUGCUGCAGAAUUUCACAAGUGCAGCCAAGACCUGGCUGAUGCCCUCACCAACAUUGAGGAGAAACGUAAAAGCAUUCCUGAUGACAUUGCAAGUGAUCGUCAGAGCGUUCAGGCACAGCUACAUGUACAUGAAGGGCUGGAGCACGAACUGCCAGGGGUUGAGCAACAGUUGCAGGAGCUGGUGGAUGUUGCAGACGGUGUGUUGCACAGGUGCACCAUGCAGCAGAGCGUAGCCCUGCAGGCCCAGCAACAGGCAGUGGUUGAGAACUGGGAGAGUCUCAGGAGUAAAGUGGAGCAGCGAAGAGAACUUCUGGAGCAGGCCUGUAAAAUCCAACAGUUCCUGGCGCUGGUACGGGACUACUUCUCCUGGUCGGCUGGGUUGACAAGAGAGAUGAAGCUGGAGGAAACGACCAGAGACAGCUCCACGACUGAUUUAAAACUCAACCAACACCAGCAGAUUCGGGCUGAAAUCGAUGCCAGGGAAGAGGUGUUCGGGCAUUUGGUCAGCCUCGGCCACGAGAUCCUGCAGGUGGAGCCAUCAAACUCCAGAGAAGUCCAAGACAAGGUCGAUAGUCUGCAGAAGGAGAGGUCAGAUCUGUACAGUCAGUGGGAGCACAAGAGGGGCUGGCUGGAGAAGAUGUAUCUGGAGCAGGUUUUCUUCAGGGAUGUUGCCCACAUGGAGAAGAUCAUGAAUGGUCAGGAGGUUUACUUGAGGGCGAGUGACCUGGGAACGACUGUGGACACUGUGGACUCGCUCAUCAAACGACACGAUGCCUUCGAGAAAUUACUGGCAACCCAGGAGGAAAAGGUGACGUCACUGCAGGAGCAGGCAGGCUCGUUAACAGAAGAGCGUUUGAAACGUGACGAUGCCAGUCACAUUCAGCAGAAGCUCAAUGCCAUCCUGGAGAGGAGGAACCGCAUUAAGGAGUUGUCACAGAACCGCAAGAGAGACCUGAGCACUGCCCGCCUGCUGGCACGCUUCAGUCAAGACCUGGCUGAGGAGAAGGGCUGGAUCACGGAAAGGAUGCAGAAAUUAAAGGAUAAUACCUCUACAGACAUCAGCGACCUGCAGGGCAAACUGAAGCUGCUACAGAAGCACCAGGCCUUUGAGGCUGAGAUCCUGGCCCACCAGGCUAUUAUUACAAAUGUUACUGAGAUAGGUGAAUUGCUACUAUCGGGCCAUCAUCCCAAAUCCAACGAAAUCCACCGCAGUUUGCGGCAGCUCCUGGACAGUUGGGAACAGCUGAAGGUAGCGGUGGCUGCACGCGGCAAAAUGUUGGAGGAAAACCGGGAUUUCCUGGAAUUCCUGCAAAAAGUCGAGCAAGUCGAAGCAUGGAUCAGAGAAAAGGAGGUGAUGAUCAGUGUGGGAGACGUUGGCAAGGACUAUGAACACUGCUUACAGUUGCAGAAGAAGCUCAAUAAGUUCCGUGGAACUGGGGACGUGACUGUGGAUGAUGCCCACAUCAGGACCAUCAACAGCCUGGCCAUCAAGCUGGAGAAGAGGAACAAAGACGACCUUGUAACCAUCCUCCAACGCAAGCAGCAGUUGAACGAAAGGUGGAACAGUUUCCAAGGGAACUUGACAAAGUACAGGAAAGAACUGGCCGCUGCCCUGGAGGUUCACGCCUUCAUCAGAGAAAUGGACGAAAUUACAGAAAGGAUGGGCGAGAAGAGUCUGAUGAUGCAGGGACUGGACUAUGGUCGGGAUGUGGAAAAUGUGGAGAAGCUGAUAAGGAAACAUAAAGAAACUGAACUGGAAAUCACCGUUAUCCGGGAUAAAAAAGAGGCACUGGAAGCCGAUGCCAGGCCACUGUGUGAGUUCCGUUUUCCUCUAUCCGACAAGCUGAGUCUGAAGAAAGGGGAGAUGCAGAACAGGUGGCUUCAGCUGAAGAAGGAGGCCAAAGUGCGAAAGGAGAAGCUAGAAGCAUCGUACCAGCUGCAGAAGUUCAACAGAACUGUCCUGGAGCUGAUAGACUGGGCACACUGGAUGAAAGCCCUGGUGGGAGAAAGGAGACUUGCAAUGAGUAAACGGGAAGCCGAGAGCAUGAUAGAUGAGCACCAAGAGAGAAAGACUGAGAUCCAAGCGAGAGGCGAGCGUUUUGAUGCCGUCAAGAAUGUGGCAGUCGGACUAGUGGCUGAGGGACACUAUGCAUCGACGGACAUUAAACAGUCCCUUUCCAAGGUGGAAGAGACCUGGACAACUCUAAAUGAGGCCUGGCAUGAGCGCAGCCAUAGACUGGCAGAGGCCUGGGAUCUACAGAUAUUCUAUGGCUAUGCGGAGCAGAGCGAGAGCUGGCUGAGCAGCAAGGAGGCCAUCCUGGCCAACGAAGACUAUGGGGAUUCCCUGCCCAGGAUAGAGAAUCUGCAGCAAAAGCACAAACAGUUUGAGAAAACGAUGGAGAACCAGCUGGAUAAGGUAAACGUGGUGGAGCGAUACGCCCUGCAGCUGAAACAGAACAAGCACUCGGACAGUGCUCAGAUCAUCACCAAGUGCCAAGCAAUCCUACAGAGAAAACAAAAGUUAAUGGAAAACUGUGAGCACCGUGGGAAGCUCCUAAACCAGUCCAAACAGCUGCAGAUUUUCCUCAGAAGCUCCUAUGAGGCUGCGUCAUGGCUGAACGAAAAGCUCAGUGUGGCCCUGGACAAGAACUGGAUGGAUCCUAGCAACCUGCAGGGCAAGCUGCUAAAGCACCAAAGCUUUGAGGCUGAGAUCAUGGCUAAUCAAAACAGGAUCCAGAGCAUUAACACAGAAGGCGAGCAACUAAUUAAUGACGGACAUUACGCAGUGCAUGAGAUUGAGCCCAGAAUGAAACAGAUUCAGGACUUGUGGAACGAACUGCUGCUGAGCUGCAAUGAGAAGAAGUUUCAGCUGAUGAAUGCACACAAGGCCCUGAACCUGCAGCGGAGCAUAGAGGAUGUGGAGAAGUGGCUCAGUGAAGUGGAGAAACAGCUGGAUCUUCCUGCCCAAGGCGUGGACCUGGUCUCUGUCAGGAACCUGCUCAACAAACAGCAGGAGCUGGAGGAAGAUAUCAGCAGCUACGUGGAAAGGAUGCAAGGACUUCUCGAUCAAUCCGAAGACUUUGUUCACAAGAAGCACUUCAUAGCUGAGGAAAUUCGGGACAGAGUUGAUGUAGUACUCCACAGGUAAGAGCUAAGGUUCAGCCAGUCAGCACUAAACCCAGAAAACCAAGUAGAGUUUAGAUUCAUUUUUUAGUUUAGAGAUGAAGUGCGGAAACAGGCUCUUCAGCUACCGAGUCCGCACCGACCAGCGAUCCCCGAACAUUUACAAGUUAAGUCAAGUCAAGUCACUUUUAUUUCUGUAGCAGAUUUAAAAAACAACUCUCGUUGGCCAAAGUGCUUUACAUUGGUGGAGGUACUAACGUUAUACAACAUUGGUUCAUAGAUUAAGUACAUACAUAAAUACAUACAUAUAGCCCUCCCUCAGAGGAUGUCAAGAUGCAUCAGAGGACACAUUAACACUAUCCUACACACACUAGGGACAAUUUGCAUUUAUACCAAGCCAAUGGGGCAGGCACUGGGUCUGUGGCACAGCGGUAGAGUUGCUGCCUUACAGCGAAUGCAGCGCCGGAGACAUGGGUUCGAUCCUGACUACGGGUGCUGUCUAUACGGAGUUUGUAGUUCCCCCCAUGAUCUGCGUGGGUUUUCUCCGAGACUUACAGGUUCCUCCCACAUUCCAAAGACCUACAGGUUUGUAGGUUAAUUGGCUUUGUAAAUGUAAAAAUUGCCACCUAGUGGGUGUAGGAUAGUGUUAAUGUGCGGGGAUCGCUGAUCAGCGCGGACCCGGUGGGCCGAAGGGCCCGUUUCCGCGCUGUAUCUCUAAACCAAACUAAAACUAAACCUCUCCUAUCCAUGCACCUGUCCAAUUGCUUUUUAAACGUUGCGAUGGUCCCAGCCUCCACUACCUGCUCUGGCAGCUUGAUCCAUACACCCACUGCCCUUUGUGUGAAAAAGUUACCCCUCAGAUUCCUAUAAAAUCUUUCCCCCUUCACCUCAACCCUAUUCCUGCUGGUUCUCAAUUGAGGGAGGAUCUUAUAGAAAAUUACAACAUUCUUAAGGGGUUGGACAGGCUAGAUGCAGAAAGAUUGUUCCCGAUGUUGGGGAAGUC